UGAUUUGCGGGUUAUCUUCUAACAUGGCGGCCAGGAAGCAGCAGCUGGCUGUUGUUCUGCUGUUCCUCCUCGGUGGGGUUUUAAGCUUUCCUCUCGGCCAGGACAGAAAAGACGCUCUGACCUGCGGAUACGAGUCAUGUCAUGCCACCAAACCCAACAUGCUGAAUGUCCACCUGGUCCCUCACACACAUGACGACGUGGGCUGGCUCAAGACUGUGGACCAGUACUUCUAUGGAGAUCGUAAUGACAUCCAGCAUGCAGGGGUUCAAUACAUCCUGGACUCAGUGGUGGAUCAGCUGUUGAAGAAUCCAGACAGGAGGUUUAUCUACGUGGAGACGGCCUUCUUCUACCGCUGGUGGAAGCAGCAGAGCUCCAGCAUGCAACAGACAGUCAGACAGCUGGUUAAUGAAGGGCGUCUGGAGUUUGUAAACGGCGGCUGGUGUAUGAGCGACGAGGCCACCACCCACUACAGUGCCGUCAUUGACCAGAUGACCAUGGGUCUGAGGUUCCUCAACGAGACUUUUGGAGCUUGUGGUCGUCCUCGCGUCGCCUGGCACAUCGACCCUUUCGGCCACGCCCGUGAACACGCUUCCAUGUUUGCACAGAUGGGAUACGAUGGCUUCUUCUUCGGUCGUCUAGACUACCAGGACCGAGCUCGCAGGAUGAUGGCCAAGGAGCAGGAGCUUCUGUGGAGAGCCUCUGACAGUCUCACCCCACCAGUGGCUGAUCUCUUUACUGGAAUUCUUCCCAAUGGAUACAACCCUCCUGAGGGCUUCUGCUGGGACCAGUCCUGUGAUGACCCACCAAUCAGAGAUGACCCUGAUCUUGAAGACUAUAAUGUUGAUGAUGUGGUGAAGCGCUUCAUGGCCAUCGCUGAAAAUCAGGCUUUGGUGUAUAAGACCAACCACAUCAUCAUGACCAUGGGGUCAGACUUCCAGUAUGAGAAUGCUAACCUGUGGUACAAGAACCUGGACAAGCUGAUUCGCUACGUCAACGGUCUGCAGUCAAACAGCAGCAAAGUCAACGUGCUGUAUUCUACUCCGUCCUGUUACCUCCAGGAGCUGCACCGAGCCAACCUCACCUGGGCUUUGAAGACGGAUGAUUUCUUCCCUUAUGCAGACAGUGCUCACGAUUUCUGGACCGGCUACUUCACUAGCCGGCCGGCACUGAAACGUUAUGAGAGGAUCAGCAACAGCAACCUGCAGACAUGUAACCAGCUGGAGGUACUUGGUGGUCCAGUUUCCAGGAAGGGACCCUUUGGGGGGGGUGACAGCCAGACCAUGAAGAAAGCCAUGGCUGUGGCUCAGCACCACGACGCCGUGUCGGGCACAGAGAAGCAACAUGUGGCAAACGACUAUGCCAGGAAGCUCGCCAGCGGCUGGCAGCAUUGUCAGGUUCUGGUCAGUAACAGUCUGGCUGCUCUCAGCGGCUCGUCCUCUGAGCGAAUCUACUGCGAUAACCUCAACAUCAGUGUGUGUCCUCUCACUGCAACCAGCAAAAAGUUCUCAGUCAGUGUGUACAACCCUCUGGCUCGGCCCGUCACUUGGCCCGUCAGGCUGCCGGUUAAUGGAACAGCAUACACCGUAUCAGAUGCUAACGGCAAACCUGUGGACUGCCAGGUGGUUCCGGUGUCCAAAGCCACACAGGAGGUGAGGAGGAACCGAGGCUUCGCCGUCAACGAGCUGGUGUUCCAGGUUCAAGCUCCUCCUCUGGGUUACAGUACCUACUCUGUGUCCCUGCUUCAGGAUGGAUCUCCUCCCACCUCCACACAGCAUCGCACCCCAACCGUGAUCCAGAACAAGUUCCUGAAAGUGACCUUUGACCCUGACACUGGCCUCCUAAGCAGCCUGAGCAACCUGGAGACCCAGCAAAGCAUUAAACUCACACAGAAUUUCUAUUGGUACAAUGCCAGUGACGGUAACAACUCUCUGAGCAUCCAACCCUCUGGAGCCUACAUCUUCAGACCCAACUCCUCCACGCCGUUCAUCAUCAGCAGCACAGCCCAGACAGAGAGCAUUCAGAGCUCAGUGGUGCAGGAGGUGAGGCAGUGGUUUUCUCCCUGGGUGUCUCAGGUGGUUCGUCUCUAUGCUGACAGCAGAGCUCUGGAGCUGGAGUGGACAGUCGGACCUGUGCCCAUAGACGACAGCCUGGGCAAGGAGGUGAUCACUCGUCUGGACACCAGCAUCCAAACCGGUGAAUAUUUCUACACAGAUUCCAACGGCAGAGAAAUGCUGCAGAGGAAGAAAGACUUCCGGCCCACCUGGCAGCUGAAACAGUCCGAACCCAUCGCUGGAAACUACUACCCCAUCAACUCUCGUGCUUUUAUUAAGGAUGACGUGGACCAGCUGACCGUGGUGACGGAUCGCUCUCAAGGAGGAGGCAGCAUCCACAAUGGUUCUCUGGAGAUCAUGCUCCACCGCCGGCUGCUGUACGAUGACGUCCGCGGUGUUGCUGAGCCUCUCAACGAGACCUCGGACAUCUUCCCGGAGGGGCUGGUGGUCCGCGGCCGCCUGCUGCUUUCUCUGGAUCGCCCACCCAGCGCCGCUGACGCACACCGUCCCCUGGCCCAGGAAGUCGUACUGCAGCCGCUUCUGACAUUUACUGAUGGAGAUCUGAACCCAAACACUCGACUGGAGUUCUCAGGGCUUCAGGCUGCACUGCCCCCUGCUGUCCACCUCCUGACACUCAGUCAGUGGGACAAAGACUCGGUGCUGCUGAGGCUGGAGCAUCAGUUCCAGAGCUGGGAGAGCAAAGUGAACUCACAACCCGUAACUGUCAACCUGCAGAAGCUGUUUUCCACUCUGGAUGUUUUGGGCAUGUCUGAGCUGAACCUGUCGGCCAAUCAGUGGAAAGACGAGAUGAAGCGUUUUGACUGGACACCUCAGAAAGGUGAGAAGCCCCUGCUGAAAACAUUUGAAGACCCUUCCACAUGGGAGGUGACCUUGAGGCCCAUGGAGAUCCGAACCUUCCUCCUCAGAGUCAGUCUCAGAUAGCCAAUCACAUGCUUCAGAUUUUACAAGUUCCAGAUGAGUAAGAAAUGAUCAGCGUAAUGAAGUUUGUGUGGUGUCUUGCUUGAGUUGAUUUGAGCAAUAAGGACUGUUUGAACACCACUAAAAACAUGUGCACUCAUAUUAAAAAGGACAAAAAGGGUUCUGUGUAUAAAAAAUAAGAGGCUGCAUUCAUACUGCAGGUUUUUGGUAUGAAUGCAGGAGUGACUGACAAACCUGAGCAGGGAUUCCAAAGUCACAUCAGGAUCGUGUUAUUUCUAACUUUACAACAAAAACAAACCGGAUUCUAAGAUGCUUUUGGAAACUUUGCAAGUUAGCAACGAUAGGAUACACAGUAGGUACAGAACAUCAUCCGACCAAACACCCUGAAAUAGUUUUCUAGAUUUUUUAUCGUUUGUUUUGCAGCACAUUCAUUUUUGAUACACAGAAAACCCUUUUUUGUACUUGAUCUCUACCACGAAUCUGUGCCAACUCUUACUGCCUGACGUGCAAUAAGUGUAACCUUCGUAUUUCUGCCAACAUGUGUAUAUACUUUGAAAAUGAUUUUAUACUGAUCAUCAAGCAGCUGCUAAUAAAAAUCUAUCAUUCCUA